CACAGAUACGGUCUCCCCUUGUCGUUUUGACUUUGGUGCAUUUUGGUUGCGGCGACCUCGCAUUGCGCCGAACCCUACCGCGUAACUCCGACACAUUCUUUCGAAUCGCUCUUUUGAAGUUGUGUUGGCGUUGUUGCGUGCCGCAUUUCUUCCAAGUCAUGGGUCCCAAGCAUCGCGUCAUUAUCGAUACCGAUCCUGGCGUAGACGACACUUUGGCGCUGUUGUUGGCGCUGUCAGCAAAUCCCGAUGAUCUCCAGCUGGACCUGAUAUCGGUCACGUAUGGCAACGUAGAGGUCGAAAGCUGUGUUCGUAAUGUCGUGUCCAUUUUUCACCAUGUCGAGAAGGAGAUGGCGUGGCGGAGGAGCGUGGGUAGACCGGAAGGGUUUGAACUGUUGAAGAAGAUGAAGCCGCUUGUUGCUGUGGGCGCAGACUCACCCUUGGCGGAGCAGAAGCGGAUGGCAGAUUAUUUCCACGGACGUGAUGGUCUCGGCGGCAUUUAUGAGACCCAUCCGCAUCUCUCGCCAGCGGAAACAUGGAAGCAUCUGUUCAAGCUUGACAAAGCCACCAGUGACCCUGAAGAGCUAGCCAUGGCCGAGGAGCUGCAAACCACAGACACCUUGUUUACGCCGUCGAAACGGCCGGCUCACGAGGAGAUCCUCCGCCUGCUCAAGGAGAACGAGCCAGACACCUUCACCAUCGUGGCCAUCGGUCCUCUGACCAACAUCGCCAUCGCAGCAGCCGCAGAUCCGGAAACAUUCCUCCGUGUCAAGGAACUCGUUGUCAUGGGCGGGGCCAUCAAUUUCGAAGGAAAUGUAGGAGCAUUACCACUUCCACCACAACCACCGCUACACAAUCCCAAGUUCCCCUGUCCCCCUUUCAAGCUCAUCAAGCAGCCACCCAAUGUCUUACGUACAGCGCUAAAUCUACGCAACCAGAUCACCCCCGUCGCAGAAUUCAACACGUAUGCCGACUCGGUCGCUGCAGCGCGCGUCUACGCGCUGACAUCUCUAUUCCCGUGGACCACCAUGCCGCCGACGCCUCCGCUGCCGCCACAAGUAGACCAGGCCGCAACCGACGCCCCUCCGGUACAUCUGUCCGCCUACCCCAAGAAGCUGUCGCGCCAGCUAAAGGUGAGUCUUUUCCCGCUGGACAUCACGAACCACCACUGGUUGCGCGCGGGCACGUUCCGCGCCGUGAUGGCCGAGCCGUCGCUGGAGGGCUCGCCGCUGGCCGCCUUCAUGACCGCCUUCCUGACGUCCACGUUCCGCAAGAUGGAGUCCCUGCACCACGGCCACGAGGGGGACAACGUAGGCCUCUCUCUGCACGACCCCCUGUGCAUAUGGUACCUUCUCAACAAGGACCACUCCGCCCACGCCGUCAGCCUCUCCGAGCCACGCGACAUCCGCGUCGAGACUUCCGGCCAGUGGACCAGAGGCAUGUACGUCGUCGACCACCGCGACAGGAAGAAGAUGUCUGCACCCAACUCUGACGAACCCGUCGAGGUGGUUGGAGACGCCGGCUUGUGGCUCGACGAGCGGGCGGGCAACAGAAUCAGGGUCGCCGUCGAGAGCGGCGGCAUACACGUCUUCGGCGAGCAGCUGAUCAGACGGAUUCUGGACGUGUGAGGCGUAAACGCCGCGGGCUGUCGACGGCGGCUAGAGAGGGCCGGCAGCACGCUAGCAUUGCGCUUGGGCGAAAGCCACAGCUCGCAAUCGCUUAUGAUCUCAAUGACAGGACGGCAUUCCACAAAAGGACUCAGUCGUUCUCUUCGAUGCGUCACGUGGUUUUCGGGGAACGUGUAUUUCAUUUGUUUGCUUCAUUUAGGUUUCUGAAUUCGAGGCACGUUGAAUCGUCCUCUAUAGAACGCCUCGAUCAAUGCUAGAGAUUCUUCCUCAUGUCAACGGGGAACACUAGAUAUACGUCCUGUCCGCAUAACUUGCAAUCAUUCCCUC